AUGCGUUUCUCCAAGCACGUCCUUCCUCUCGCUAUGCUCCUGACCGGCGUCAUUGCCGCAUCAGACGAGGAGUCUACCACCGCUGUCGAAAAGUCCAAGGCUACCGACGACAAGGCCGCAAAGACAACCGUCGACGAGUCCAACACCGCCGACGCGACAGGGGAAGCUACGGCGACUGCCACUGCCACCGGAAAGAACGACAAGGACUCCAAGAGCGACAAAUCCGAUACCGAGACCAACACUAGAGAGAAGGAGGCCGCUUCCAAGACGGCUACCGAAAAGGGUAAUGGACCUACAAUCACUUGGGACCCUCCUUCACCCAAGACCACUGUUCCCGAUAUCAACGCGGGCCCUCCUUCACCCAUGACUCCUAGUGUUAUGGUUCUAUCUCUGGUCUUCGGCAUUACAUCUAUCGGCAUGGCGCUCCUAUAA